CUCUUUCUCAAUAAAAUGGUUGUUGUUCUAUCGAUGGUAGUAUGUUCAGUUACUAACCUUUGUCGAGAAAAAAAAGUUCAGUUACUGACGAAACCUGAAUGUCGGAUUCAUCGUAAUCCGGGUCGCGGAUUUCGGGUUCGCAAGGCAUGCGGAGAACGACGUGACGCACGUCUCCAUGCGUAUGAUGGGCACAUUCGGGUACUUGGCGCCGGAGUACGCCUCGACGGGGAAGCUGAUGGAGAAAUCGGACGUGUUCUCCUUCGGGGUGGUGCUCCUGGAGCUCAUCACCGGCCGGAAGCCCUUCGACACAUCCCGCCCCCUCGGCAACAAGAGCCUCGUGGAGUGGUCGAGGCCGCUGCUGAACCGCCCGAUCGACGAGCAGGAGUUCGAGGAGCUGGUGGACCCGCGCCUCACCGGUGACUACGACGACGUCGAGAUGUUCUGCAUGAUCGAGGCGGCGGUGGCGUGCAUCCGGCAUUCGGCCGCCAGGAGGCCCAAGAUGGGGCAGGUCGUUAGGAUUCUGGACAGCCUGACCCUGAACGACGUGGACCUGAGCAACGGCGGCAGGAGGGAUCUGUAGCCAGCCUCGCGAGCUUCUGACGAUUUUGUUUUUGUUCAUCUGUUGAUUGUUUUGUUCAUGAUAUUUUACAGUGAAUUUGUACUUGCUGUCUUACUACAUGUCUCUUUCUUUCUUUCUUUCUUUCUUUGGUGUGUACGUUAACAGGGUAUGCCCACAUGGUCAUGUAUUUUUAGUUUUUCUGAACAGAUAUACGUUGUUUUUCUCAUAGGUUCCCUGAAAUAAGAGAGUGUUGUGAAUAGGGCAUUGUGGAAA